AUGUACACAAAAAGUGGUACAAAUAAUGAAAAUCCUGAACUUCCGAUGGAUUCAGAACCUUUGGAACUAGAAGAUAUUUCUAUUGAUGAUAUAACUAAUUAUAAAACUAUAAAUAUUUCUGAAUGCAAUGAUUUUCCACAAGCAAGUAAUUUAGCUGUUUAUAAUGAUAUAUGUGGCAAUAAUUUGACGAAAAAAAAUAAAAAUAACAUUGAGUUGUCUUAUUUUAAUCAAGAAUCAGUUUUUUAUGAUCAGCAGGAAGUUGUUGGAAUUGAUCAAAAUUUUAAAGAAAGUUGA